GUGGUUUAGAUUAAUAUUUAGAAAACUAAUGUAUAUUCUGUGUCUUAAAAUAUUAUGAAAAUGACAAAGCCUUAAUUGGAAAAUUUAAUGUGGAUCAGAUUUUGUUGAAAACAACAUAAUGGGAGGAAUUAUAAUGCUCCUGUGGAAGAAAAGACUGAAAUUCAUUGUGUUUUUCAUGCUGUUCUUUGCAGCAUCAGUAUACAUUUUAAAUGUUUCCUAUUUGAUCCUGGAAUGUUCAAAUGCAAAUGCUAAUAGGAACUGGCAUGACAUUCGAAUGAACAGGGCUGGAGAGUGGACUUGUACAGAGAAAACCAAUUUUGUCUUCAUCAAGUGCAUGAAAUGUGCAACAGAGACCAUGGGAACUAUAAUCAGGAGAUUUGGUCUCGUGCGAAACUUAAAUUUUGUCGUUCCAGUCAAGAACAACAUUUACUUAGGAUGGCCUUUCUUAAUUGAGGAGCUGGAUUAUAGACCAUCUAAAAGGCCUUUUAACAUUUUAAUGGAGCAUGCAAUUUAUAAUCGCACCAGAAUGGCAAAAAUGAUGCCAAAUAAUACCCUAUAUGUAACGAUUAUCAGGGAACCUUGGCGCAGACUGACUUCUUCUUUUUCGUACUUUAGUCUGGGUUACAUCGUGGAGCCCCCUGUCAACUUCAGUACGUAUGUUCAGGAUAUCCAGAAAUACGAUGAAAUUUAUAAACAACCGGAGAAGAAAGCCUGGAGGUUCUGCUUUCCUAAUGGAUUCUCUCCAGUCCAGAAUUUAAUGGCACACUGUUUAGGUAUGCCUGUGGGAUUUCCGGCUGGCCGGAAGGAUAUAUCUUUGAAUGACACUGCAAUUAUACAGUAUAUCCAGGAACUCGAUACCCAGUUCUCUCUUGUCAUGAUCGCAGACUAUUUCACUGAGUCAUUAAUUUUACUCAGACGUCUAAUGUGUUGGACUUUUAAGGAUAUUUUCUAUCAUAGCAGUAAUGUUGGAAAACAUAAACUACAUGACAUUGUACCAACUGAGGAAGAAUUCCAAAUCUAUUUUAAUUUCAGUAGAAUUGAUUUUCUUAUUUAUGAACAUUUUAACAAAUCUUUUUGGAUGAAAAUUCAGAAACAGGGUUCCGAUUUCUUUGACGAAGUCAAUCAGUUUAAAGUAGUGCAGCUAUUAAUAGAAAGGUUUUGUUUUAUUGAAAACAAUGCUAACUCCAAGGGACAGUUUCUAGUUAUUCCAGAGUCCAAGUUUAAUGAGGAACUAACUAUUUCUAGUGAGGACUGUUCCUUUAUGACCAGAUAUCUGUUACAGGAUAUAAGAGACCAGUAUAACCAAGUCGAGCUAGGGGGAUAUAAAUCAAUGUUCUGGUAUGCCAAAGAACCUGAGAAUGGGGAGUUACCAAAGAGGGGGUGUUCUUUUCCUCUACCAUAGAACUGGGAGGGGGUAUCAUCCAGGAUGUUUACAAACAUAUUAUAAGAGCAUUGCACAUGCAGAUUUUUCUACCGGUACAUGUAAUAUUUGUAAAUAAAAUACAGUCAAACCUGUAUUUAGCACCCACAAAACAUUAAAAGUGUAAAUUACAUUCAAACCUGUAUUAAGAACCCACAAAACAUUAAAAGUGUAAAUUACAGUCAAACCUGUAUUUAGCACCCACAAAACAUUAAAAGUGAAAAUUACAGUCAAACCUGUAUUAAGCACCCACAAUGAACAUUGAAUGGUAGUGAAAAUACAGUUUCACUAAUGUAUUUAGCAGUCAUCUGCAGGGACUAUUAAAAUUCAGUGACAUUUAUAUAGAGGUUAUCUUUGAUAAGAGGUUCAUCUGUUUUAAGAAAAUUUCUGAUUCCAGUUUUAUGUUUGCUCUUUGUUUUACAAUGCUUUAUCAAAUACAGAAUUGUAAUACAUGUAAUAUAAAAACAAAUGUCAAAGUGUUUAAAUUUUUUUUUUAAUUUUGGUCCCAAGAUGUGUUGUUUUUGAGAUAAGUUAAAAUUUAAAUUGAGUUCAAGGAAAUUGACAAAACCAAGAAAAAUAUGUCGAAUAUAAAAGGGUAUUAUAAUUAUCCUUCUGUUUAAACAUUAUAACAAGACUAAAAAUUUUUCAAAUGAUUAAUUUUAUGCAGUGAAUCAAAUGUAAUGUUAUAUUUUAUCAGAACUGCAUUUUUGAAGAAAAAAAACUGUAUAAUAACAAAACAACUGUAUGUUGCAUGUACUCUGCGUUAAUCAAGGAAGUAUCAGAUUUACAGAAAGUCUGAGCAAUGAGGCUUAUUGAGUCUUACUUGGGAGAAUUUCUCCACUUCAUCAAGUCACAUUGUCUAUACAAUACCAGUCAGGAUCUCUUUGUGGAAUACAUGGGGACAUUGUCAAGAUCCUGGGUCUGAAUUAGGGUUAAUUAUUACGGGUAUGUGUAUACACAGACACUUCUAUGCGAAUAGAGAAUGCGAAACUGUGAAUGACAAUUAUGAGGUAUCAGAUAGUUGAUUAUCUUAUCCAUUAAAGGACAUCAUUAAAACUUUUAAAUAGGAUUCCAUUUCCAUAAUUUACAGGUAUAGCAAAUGGAAUUGGGCAUGCAGAUUUGUGAAAUAAUAAAAAAAAGUCUAAUGAUAUUUGUUUUAUGCUGAUUAAUUAGUUUUUUAAAAAAAUUUGGUUAAGAGCAACCUUGUUUGAGUAAUUUAAAACCCCAAAAAUUAAAUUGAUAUGAUUAUUUAAUCAUUUAAUAGUUUUAAUCAAGCCAAUUAUAUUUUUCAUGAUCUUGUCAUCCUAUACUGACAAUACUUGCAUUAUGUACUUUGCAGACUCUAGAUGUGAUAAGGUAAUUUAACAAAAUGGCUGCUAUAGUUAGGGGAAAAUAAAAUAGAAUUUAACGACCACUGAAUGUGUUAUGCUGGUGACCGCUUAGCCCUUAAUAGAACUACAUUACAUAAGGAAAUUUUAUUGAGAGGAAACGAAAUGACCGCAUAAGACAGGUGAUGGCUGGAUAGAGGUGACUGCCAUGACAAGUUUGACUGUAACUUACAUAUGGGAAAUUUCAUGAUUUUGUUUCCCAUUAACUGGAGUUUGGACAUGCAACUUUAAAAGGGGGCGAAAUGAAUUCAG